AUGGCAAAUUCAUACGAUGAUGAAGAUCUCAAGCUGGCCAUGGCUUUGUCCCUGCAGCAGAGCCCAGUUCCCAAGCCCUGCAAAGCGGUGGUCGAUCUCACCUCAGAUAAUGCAGGUGAGGCUGAUGAUGAGGACGAAAGCCUGAAGAAGGCGAUCGCGCUAUCAAUGCAAGACAUGGUGCGGUCUUCGAAUACUCUGACUCAACAGGCGGCGAAGUCCGCGACCAGCUCAGCAUCAAACCCGUCAGCAGGCACUUCGUUCCCCAUGGACCGCAAAGCCAUGGAAGCCGAGCGUCUUGCACGGCUGAAAGAGCGUGAGCGUAAGCGCAGGCGCACGCCUUCGCCAGAUCGCCCAAUGAAACUCCAAUCGAAAGCACGCGCACCUGCGCCCGUGAGGGACUCCACAAGGCUCCAGCCACAUUCAGAGUCAGCGUUGCAAUACCCCCGAGGCGCUAUCAAGCGCACCUUUGCCACCAAGUUCCCUCGAACCGACGACGUUACCAUCGAUGAGCUGCUUCAAGCAUCGACAGUCAACAUUGCAGUCAUCAGCUCAUUUCAGUGGGACGCUGAAUGGCUAGGUCGUAAACUCAGCCACACGAAGGUGAAGCAGCACUGGAUCAUGAAUGCAAGGGAUGCAGAGACCCAAGCAAGAUGGAGAAAAGACCUCACAGGUUGUGGCAUACCCAACUUGCGAAUCAAUUUUCCGCCCAUGAACGCUGCGGUUGGUAACGCGCACAGCAAGUACAUGCUGCUUGUCAGCGACAGGAAAUUACGGAUCGUAGUAUCGACAGCGAAUAUGGAGCCAGUGUACUGGGGAGAGGUCGAGAACAGCUGGCAGCCUGGUGUGUUGGAGAACUCUGUCUUCCUCAUCGAUCUCCCCAGAAGAGCCGAUGGUCUUGUGGGCAGUGUGCAUGAACUCACACCGUUUGGGAAAGAACUAGUACAUUUUUUGGAGGUUCAAGGACUUGACGCACAGAUCGUGAAAGGCGUGCUGAAAUUCGACUUUUCUGAGACGAGUCAGCUCGCUUUCGUCCAUUCUAUCGGCACUACUUCUGACACGGAUGCCCAUCCAACAGGGCUCCCUGGUCUCGCAAGAGCUAUUCAAGACCUUCAGCUCGACAGGGUCAAAUCGAUCGAAUUCGAUUACACAGCCUCGUCCUUGGGUGCGGUCGACGAAACUUUUCUACAGCGCAUUUGCUCUGCUGCGCAAGGUCUGUCUUACAGCGCCACAAGCAAGACCACAAACCUCGGUCAAAACUUCCGCAUCUAUUACCCGACUGAGGAGACGAUCAAGUCCAGCAUUGGUGGGCCGGAUUGUGCUGGGGUCAUUUCUCUGAGGAAAGCUCACUACAGCUCCUCGACGUUCCCUGUCAAAUGCCUUCGCGACUACGUGUCAACACGCAAGGGCAUGAUCUCGCACAACAAGUUGCUCUUCGCACGCGGGCGACAGGUCGAUGGCAAGCUCUUCGCAUGGGUCUACGUGGGCUCGGCAAAUAUCUCAGAGUCUGCCUGGGGAGCGCAGAAGGUCCUCAAGAGUGGGAAGCUCGGCAAGCUGACGAUGAGGAAUUGGGAGUGUGGCGUCGUUGUUCCUGUGCCCAGCGAGCGCCUAGAGGGGCUUCAGCUUGCAGAAGGCGAAGCACCACCAAUGAGCGUCUUCGAAGGCACGAUCGAAGUGCCUUUCCAGUAUCCGGGAGAGCCAUACAAGGGGCGAACACCUUGGCUGCAGAACUCGUAG